GUCGCUCCGGCGUCAGAUGGAGCCCAGGAAGCUGCCAGGCGCGUUUCUUCUCUCCUAACACGGGAAGCGGCGCGCAGGAGGGGGGCGAACCGUUCGAGGACCUACAUCCAAAGCAGCCGUGGUCCAUGAACGCACCGCACCGUGCAUCAUGACAAAACAAGCAGCAACAAGGGAAGACCUGGUAUAGUCUGCUCUGGCUGGAUGAAAUGUUUCAGCCAUGCAAUGUUCCUGGAAGUCAGUAAUUCUGCUGGCCUUGGCCUCCAUUGCUAUCCAGUACACAGCCAUCCGGACACUCACCUCCAAGCCUUUCCAGCUGUGCCCGCUGCCCAGCCCCCAGAACUGUGGUCUGGGGGCUCAGGAGACAGACCCUGCCUUUGAUCGAGGAGCAGCAGGUGGGGCCGGCUGCGAUGAUUACCCUUACUUUUCUAUCAACACUACUCGUAAACUGCACAUACUGGUGUUAGCCACCACACGCAGCGGCUCCUCCUUUGUUGGCCAGCUGCUGAACCAGCACCAGGAGGUAUUCUACCUGUUUGAACCUCUUUAUCAUGUUUACGCCACGUUGGUUCCACGUCAGUCACACACCCGCAACCCUACAGACCGCCGUGUGACACUGGGAGCCAGUCGAGACCUUUUGCGCAGUCUCUACGGUUGUGACCUGUAUUUCCUAGAGAAUUACAUCAAACCAACACCCUCCAACCACACCACGGACAAACUGUUCCGCCGUGGUGCCAGUCGAGCACUGUGCCAGCAGCCUGCAUGCGAUGCCUUUGUUGCAGGUGAUGUAAACGUGGAGGAAGGAGACUGUGUGAGAAAAUGCUCGACCUUAAACAUGACUUUAGCAACAGAGGCAUGCCAAGAAAAGAAGCACGUAGCAAUCAAAGUUGUCCGUGUGCCAGAAAUAGGAGACCUGCGUGCUCUCGUUGAAGACCCACGGCUGAAUAUUAAAGUCAUACAGCUCGUCAGAGACCCACGUGGCAUCCUGUCAUCAAGGAUCGAGACUUUCAGGGACCCAUAUCGUCUAUGGCGCAUUUGGAGGGCCACAGGGAGAAGGCCCUAUAAUCUUGACAUGAACCAGCUUACUGUUAUCUGUGAAGACUUUUUUGGUUCUGUCUCAACUGGUCUUAGCCAUCCUCAAUGGCUAAAAGGGAAAUACAUGUUGGUUCGAUAUGAGGAUUUGGCUAGAAAUCCACUUCUUAAGACGCAAGAAAUCUAUGACUUUCUUGGGCUGACUAUGGAUAAAAAUGUGAAACACUGGAUACGUGCAAACACUCGCGGAAGCAAUGAACCUUCAGCAAAACACAAGUUUGGAACAGUGAGGGACUCCGCUGCAAACGCAGAGAGCUGGCGUUUAAAACUGUCUUUUGACAUUGUAGAAUCCACACAAACAGUGUGUCAAAAAGUCCUCAAGCAGCUGGGAUACAAGGCUGUGCGAUCAGUCGAGGAGCUUAGAAACAUGUCCUUCUCACUAGUACAGGAUAAACUGUUUGUACCUUUUUUGUAACAAAGAUAGUUCUCUAAAAAACAUAUUUUUGAUAUAUUUAUAAUUG